AUGAAAGUGAUUGGAGCGAAUGCGUUUGGCAUUUGCUCGUCCUUGCCCAAGAUUAGGAUUCCUUCAACCGUCGAGACCAUUGGUAAACUCGCUUUUGGCGAUUGUAUCAACUUGGAGGAAAUAAACUUCGCCGCUGAAAGCAAGCUGAAGCAAAUUGAUAAGCUGGUAUUUUCGGGCUGCACUUGGUUAUCAGACAUUAACCUCCCACAAACAAUCAAAGAAAUCGGGACCGAAUCCUUCAAGGAAUGCAGAAAUUUGAAAUCAAUCGAUCUUUCUCACCAACUCAAAAUCAUCCGACACAAUGCGUUUGAAAAUUGCGUAAGGUUGGAAAAAGUGAAGCUACACGAAGGAUUGAAGAUAGUUGAGAGCUACUCGUUCUACACAUGCUUUUCACUGUUGAGAAUUGCAAUUCCUUCCACAGCGAAAACAAUUGAAGAUGAGGCUUUCAAUAGUUGCAGUCACUUGGAAGAAGUUGUUUUGAAACCUGGAAGAUUGAAAUGCCUAGCAUAUGGCGCAUUUGGCUACUGCAGUAAGUUGGAAUCAAUUUCCAUUCCGUCUACGAUCGAGAAAAUCCAAAAGGGCGCAUUCACCCAUUGCAAUCUCAGAAGCGUGGAGUUGCAUCCAGAUGCUGACAUAGAGAUUGAAGCUCAUGCCUUUGGUGAUAACAAGCAGCUUUGCAAUAUUUCGUCGCAGAACAGUCCUAGUGCAAGGAUCAAUAAAAACGCACUCCGCUCUACAUCCGAGUAUUCUUGGGAUUCGGAAGAAGCGUAUCUAAAGCUAAAGUGUUGGGAAUCUCGGUACUUCGGGUAUCCUGUUCACAGGCCCAAGUUGUGCUACCAUGCAUCUACCACAACAGUUGUUGAACUCCGGAAGGCUGCGAUCGAAUGCAAGGCUACAGUGAAACCUGACCUUGGAUAUUCUUCCUUUGGAUCCGAUCCUGACGAUGGGUCUGAUGCCUCUGAUGUCUCUUUUGGAGACCCCGCAUUAGACGCAUCAUUUAAUUUGACUCCAUUCCAUGUCCUGCUUUCUGCUGCCAAACGGAGAACGGAUUUGCUAGAGGUACUGUUGGACAAGUUUCCUUUGCACGCAUGCUCGGAUAAUGGAAAGACAUGUGGGGUAAUCGGCCUUUGGAAUUCUUGGCUGGAAACUGGAAUGGAGACGCCAGGGAAAUGGCAAAGAUGA